CAUUUAGCCACCAUUGGACUGUAAAAUGAAGGAGGGAGACGAGAAUGCGCUGCCUGGAUCAUUAAUUGGAACAUUUACUCAUAAAAAACGGCCUGACGGAAGUGUGGAUAAAAAUAAAGUCGUCUGCAAUGUCUGCAGCAAGGAAUUUGCAUAUCACCGGAGUUUGUCAACUCUAAAGUACCACCUCAAUGCGAAGCAUCCAGGAGUUAACGUUAAUCCGGAGGUAGGCUUACGACCUACCACGUCCCGUGAUACCGACUGUAGCAGUCAACGUCAUCUUCAAACCACACUGGAGCAAACACUGAAACGCAAACUUAGCAUAUCUGUAUGUGACCGACUGAGCAAUUCUCUUGCUAAAUGGAUCACAAUGUCCUGCAGACCAGUUUCGGUGAUAGAAGACAGGGGGUUAGCAGAGGUUUUGCAAAUAGCCUCUUCAGACAUAACAUAUAACCCGCCAUCGCGAAACACCAUUAUGUUAAAAAUCCAGCAGCUGUACGACACUGAAAAAAAAAACAAAAGGAGAUUUAUUGGUGGGAGCGGAAUAUAUCGUGCUGACAGGGGAUCACUGGACUUCAGUUAGCAAUCACAAUUACCUUGGUGUUACGGCACACAUCAUUGACUGUGAGUGGAAACUCCAGUCAUUUGCGUUAGCAAUGCUAAAAACGGACGCCAGGCAUUCCGCCGAUGCCUGCGCAUAGCAGUUUUUGUCUGUGGCGGAGGCAUGGGGAGUUCAACAAAAGAUCACCACACUCGGCACAGACAGCGCCCGAAACAUGAUUGCUGCGGCGAGAAAGCUUCCAUAUGAGCACAUGCCUUGCGUUGCUCAUAUGUUACAGAGAAGCAUCACUGUUUGCCUCGCAGACAGUGGGUUUUGUGACACAUUGGCAAAGUGUCGUAAGAUAGUGGGACAUUUUAAACAUAGCCCUGCUAAUACAGAGGAGCUCCACCAGCAGCAAAAUGAACUUGGGCAACUGACAGAAAGUCUGAUUCAGGACGUUCCCACAUGAUGGAACUCGUCACUCACCAUGAUCUCUCAUCUCCUGAAGAACCAGGAGGCUAUCAAGGCUACACUGAGCAGACAGAAGCACAAGCUGACUAUGUUGACUACAUCUGAGUGGGACAAACUUCAGAGGCUGGAAACCAUCCUUGAACCAUGCAAAUAUGUGACUGAGCUCCUUGGAGGUGAGACUUAUGUUUCUUGCUCUGUGGUGUUGCCUGCUCUCUGCCACCUGUACCGCACAAUGGACGUUUCAGAGGAGGACCGAGCCUACAUAGGACAAUUCCUGUCUGAACGACAAGCAAACCUCAACAAUGGAUGGCUCAACAUAGCUUCUGCACUGGACCCACGCUUCAAGGACUUGAAGUAUCUUCAAAGAGGAGACAGAGAAGAGGUGUGGACCAGUCUUGAGGUACUGCUGCAAAAUAAACCCAGUACGGCUACCCCAGAGCCUGCAGAGGAGCCACCGAAAAAGAGAAGCCUCCUACUCUUUGCUUCAGACACAGACUCAGAUAAUGACACGGUGGAACCAAGCAGGGCUCUGAACCGCUACAAAGCAGAGCCCAGCAUCAGCAUGGAGGAAUGCCCGCUGCAGUGGUGGACAACUCAUGCAGGAGCCCAUCAACAGCUGUCUGUCCUGGCUCGCAAAUAUCUGGCUGCGCUUGCCAGUUCUGUCCCUUGUGAGAGACUUUUUUCACUUGCAGGUAAUAUAGUCCAAAAAAGAGGGCAGCCUUGA